GAUGACUCUCGUGCGACGACAGCUGCCGUAUUGUGGGUCAGUUACGACGUCCCCAGACCGCAACCCCUCUGGUCCCCUCUCUGUCCGCCUUUCAGCCGUCGGGCUAUAUCCCUUUAACCGACCUGCACAGGGUGAUGGUGUCAGUGCCGCUGCCCCGAGCAGCCCCGAGCGUUCCGGCCUCGGUCGGUUUUUGCGUGUGCGGCGAUUUGAAGCAGCGACGCGAGCGCGUAUAACUUAAAUUGUCCAGUAAAGCAUCAUGCGCCUGGGAGGGUGGCCCGGGGCGCCGCGUUGACAUCAUCGGCCGGACGAGGCCGGGGUAACGGGGUUGGGCUUCUCUUCCUCGCGCUGUUCAGGCUGGCAUUCAGUGGGAUAUAAAGGCUGCCAGAAUGAUUCACUCUGCGACCAACAGCCAGGUUCGCGGCCUGCGCGCUUACGGUGUGCGUGCGGCCGCUCGUCCGGCAGUCGUGGUCAGGCGCAGGCCCUGCAAGCCGGUGUGCUUCAAGGACAAGGAUUCGAUUGAUGAUACCACCACGGCAGCGCCCGGAUCGACCAAGUCGCCGUCGUCGUCUGUGCCCACACCCGGUGCCAUUCCGUCGGCCCGCCCGCUGGACACUACUGGCACGCGCCCCGUGAACCUGGGCCCAGUGGCUUCCACGCUUUACCCCGCGCUGCAGUACGCCACCAUCGCCGCCGCCGCGGCCGCCAUCAUCGCGCCCGGCCCCACCGGCUCGGCGCUGUUCCGCGGCGCCGCCAUGACGCCCACCAACCGCGCCCUGCUGGUGUGGGCGGCGGCGGCGCUCAUCCCCUCCAUCAUCUCCAAGCGUCAGAUCAAGAAAGCCGCGGACCUGGGCAUCCUGGGCUCGCCGGCCUUCAAGCAGCUGGUGUCGGGCUGCCUGCUCAGCGGCGUGCUCAGCCUGGUGGUGCUGACGCAGGCCAUCUCGCUGCGCAACCCCAUCCUGACCUGCACCGUGGGCACCCUGGCGGGCGUGGCCACCCUCACCACCGCCUACACCCUGGUCAAGAUCCGUGAGAGCGGCCAGCUACUACCCAGCGCACGCGGCCUGCUGGCGGGCACCCUGGACCUGCUCACACCGCGCACCGCCACUGCCGCAGGGUACUCCCUGCUGUCCGCCGCCACUGCGGUGGCAGGUGUGGCGCUGUUCACGUCCGACCCCUCCGCCGCCUGCCCCGUGUUCUACCAGACCAAGGACGCCAUCCACGUGUUCGGCAGCCGCAUCGCGGGCGCCCUCACCCUGGGGGCGGCCGUGUCGCUGUUCACGAUCAAGCACGCCGCAGACGACGGCCGACAGGGCUCCCCCAUGUACAAGCAGCUCAACGGCGCCGCCGCCGCCUGGGCCGGCCUCACCGCGGGCGUGGUGGGCUACAGCAUGGCGACCGGCCUGGCCAUGAGGAACCCCAUGACACUGGGCGUAUUGGCUUUUUACAUCAUCACCGCCGCCUUCACCGGCUAUAACUGGGCUACUGCACCCAAGACGGCCUAAGCAGGAUGGAUGCUUCAGAGUACUGAGUGUUGAAGCCAUCCGGAAAGCCUUCCGGAAUGGCCGAUAUUUGGGUCGCCAACUUGGGUUUGGGGAGAGGCGCCAGGCGGCGGAAACAAGUGAAGCAUGGCCGCACAUUCAGCAACCUGAUGAGAGGGUUUUGCGCAGCCGCAGCUGAUGGCAACUUACCGGUAGUGACAAGAGGUUGUACGCGUUUGUACGGUGUUGCGGGACGGCUGGAAUGAUGUCGCGCUGACGAUUGGCUGGGCUUGAGCGCGGGUGCUAUAGGAGCUAUGCCGCUUAUGAACAAUAUCAGCAAUACACAAGUCUCGCACAUUGGCGGAUUGGACGCUGGGCUACGAUUGUGAGUUAUUGACUAUGGCCUGUUGGAUUUUUGCAGUGUUGGUUGUGUGGUUUCAUGGGUUGUGGAGUCGGCGGCCGCCCCAGUGCGCCUGUAUGCCGAAAGGGUUGUCUGGACGAAGUCAGGGAGGAUUUGCGAUGGCAUUGCCAGAACAUGAGUUUACCCCGCAUUGUGGGCGUGGUGGUCCAAGAUGCAUUUGGCCGUGUUUUGGGUUUUGCAAAGGAACAGGGUUGCGGAUUGCCUGCCAUUGCGGGCGGGAAACUGGGUUGCUCCUGCUAGGACACGGCCACACAGGAGGAUGGAGGAUGCGUGGGGAUGGGCUGGACCGCCAGCACCACCGGCAGGUGCUCUGGUCGCACGGCGAGCUAGUAAUACAGUGCUGGAUUUGUAUCGCUCCAACUCUUGGCGAGAUGCUUCUUGCCUUUCAAGCACCGGGGGGCU